AUGUAUAACAGCCUUGUAAGUAAAUAAUUUGAUAUAUAUUAACUAGGUUACUACAAAAGGUUUUUACAAUCAUCGAUUUUGUUACUCUGUUCAUGAAUAGAAACCUAUUAAGAUUGAAUUUUCAUUUGAAGAAUCAAAACCAAUAAGCCCAUUGAUUAGAAAUAUUUAACCAAGAGUCAGAUGGCCUUCUGCAAAUUAACCUAAAAUUAAGCUUAAUAACUUUAAUGAGAGAGGAAAGUAGUUUUAUAUGGAAACUCCAAAAAUGAAUGAUAUAUCAAGAUAAAGUCGAUCAGCUGGGGGUAGUAGACUUAAUACAAAUGAAUUUAGAGCCACUUAUAGCAGAUGGAUAUGUUCGCCAUUGUAAUAGGCUUCAAAUACCGUAGAAACUACAAAAGGAUUCUAUACUUUAAAAUAUAUAGGAGAACAUAAUUAAUAGAUAGGAGUACUUACAAAAAAAUUAAGCAUGAUUUCAAGUCCAAAAAAUAAUGGAAAUAAAAGAAUUCGAAGUUACACUCCUUCUGUUGUAAUAAAUAAUUAAUAUAUUGUGAAUAAAUAUCUAAUUCCUAGAAAAUUAGGUGAACAUAAUUGA